AUGCGUCAGCUCAAGUUCCAUGAGCAGAAACUGCUCAAAAAGCAUGACUUUCUCGAUUGGAAACAAGAUGCUGGUAUGCGAGAAGCCAAAGUCAUGCGUCGCUACCAUAUUCAGGAUCGAGACGACUAUCACAAGUACAACAAGCUUGUCGGUAAACUCCGCCAUCUCGCACUCCGCCUCUCCACUCUCCCUGUAGCAGAUCCUUUCCGAGGCAAACACGAGCAAGGAAUGCUUGCAAAACUAUACGACAUGGGUCUCCUGGACACAGGUGCUAAGAUGUCUGACAUUACGAAUAAGCUCAACGUGUCAGCGUUCUGCAGGAGAAGGUUGCCAGUGGUAAUGGUUAGACUGAAGAUGUCAGAGACGGUCGGGCAGGCGGUGAAGUAUGUUGAGCAGGGUCAUGUUCGGGUCGGGCCAGAUACGAUAAGUGAUCCUGCAUUUAUGGUGACAAGGAAUAUGGAAGACUUUGUGACUUGGGUCGAUACGAGUAAGAUCAAGAGGACUAUCGCUAGGUAUAAUGAUGAGUUGGAUGAUUUUGAUCUGCUCUAG